AUGGUUCGAGAUGCGGACCCGGAAGCCAUCUCACCUGUCCUCGAAAACUUGAAGCGCCAAAUUCUCGAACGGCUAGACACCAUCGUCCAAAGAUCCAUCCCCGACGAUCUAUCUGAUGCGAACGAGAAACGCCGACUUGCUUCCGGCAUGAUCCCACCUGGGCUGAAUACCCGAAGCGAUGCCGAAGACGAGGACAUUAACGACGAGGAUGAGUUAGAGAAGCGCCGGACCUACGACGGGAAAGGUGUGAACAAGCGCGAUUAUGUCACCGAGUACGUUGCUUUAGAGACGGAAGAGGAAUGA